AUGACUCACUGGACCGCCCUUCAGUCAUCUGAGUCUCUUGACGGCGAUGACGAUGCGUCCGCAGAUAACAUGGGCGCAUGCGCAAACUGUGGUGAUCCUGAUCCGUGCGAAUGUGCAGAGUUCCCAAACUUCAAGACCUUGUCACAAGGCCAAGUUUCUUUGAUUAUUGGAAACGCAGCCAUAAAAUCUUGUCCUUUAGAUUCUGCACUUACAUCUGUGGUUCUACAGGUUCUUGAUAAGCCGUUACCGGUAAUCACCUGUAUGAUCAACUUGUCGUUUGAAUCUGGUCUCUUUGCAGAGGAAUGGAGG